CACCCCACCCCGCCCCACGUACCUCAACCGCCGUCCCAACCGUUGGUGCCCCCCAGUCCUUUCUUUUCUUUUCCGCCGCCGUCGGCACCCCCAGUGUCCCCGCCAUCGCAGCCCCUUGUGCCCCCGGCGCCCACUGUCAUACCGCGCCCACCCCUGUCAACAAGCACCUCAGUACCCACAGCCCCCGCAGCCCCAACAGCCUCCGCAGCCCCGACAGUCUCCACGGUGCCUACAAUACCGCCUCCAUCCCAGCCCCUUGUGCCGCCCUUCGCGCCCUUCCCGACAACGACGCCGUCCCCGCCCGUCGGCCCGGCCCUGCCGUCGGGCCCUCCCUUCCCUCCCCCUCCCCCCGUUCCAUCCAUACCCCCUUUCCCGCCGCUCCCCACCUUCCCGCUGGCACCCCCCGUGACGUUUCCCGCGAGCGCCCCCGCAACGCCCUCCGUGCACCCCUCUCCAGCGUCCCAGCCACCAGCGUCGGCCGAGUCAUCGACACCUGCCGUGCCUCCUCCAUAUCAGCCACUGGUGCCCCCGUGGCCGCCGUCGCCACAGCACCCUCCUUUCCCCAUACCUUUCCCCCCCUUGCCCUCCAUCCCCCCUAUUCCCCCCAUCCCCUCGGUCUCUUUCCCUUCGUUCACAGGGCCGCCUUUCACGCCAUCUUCAUCUGCGACUUUAACGACUCAGCUGUCCGUCGCGCCGUCGCCACCCUCUACCUCACAGCUGCCGUCCGCGCCCCCCGCGCUCACAGUACCACCCCAAACUCAACCUCUUGUGCCCCCCUUCCCUCCCCUGCUGCCCCACACACAAAUGCCCGCGCAAACCCCCCAGCCACCACUGCCGCCCGCGCCCUCCUCCCCACAACACUCGGCACCCCCAGGACUAUUCCCGACGAUGCCGCCACCCCCUCCCCCCUCACAACCCUUGGUGCCUCCCCACCUUCCGCAGCCACCAGCCUCCCCUCCGACAGCGGGUCCAAACACUGCAACCCCUUCCAGCCCGCAGCCGGGAGUGUCUUCGCCUCCAUCGUCGGCAAGUUUGAUCACUUACCCCCCGUAUCCGUCAUUCCCCAACAUGGCCACGUUCCCCAAUAUCCCAACCUUGCCUACCAUCCCCAACCUGCCGUACUUCUUGACGGGCCCGUCCUCAACUCUCUCUGCUGGCGCCACCGGGCCCUACGGAAAGACCUUCCCUACCCUGCCCACUUUUGCUCCCUUCUCUGAUGCUGAUGCAAUGCCUCACUCGAGUCUGUCUCCUUCGUACCCCGCUUGGCCCUACUGUCCCCCCUGCGUGUGUGCCUGCCAAGUGUCUAAAGACCUCUAAGCAGGAAGCACCGAUUGAGAGUGCAAGUACCGCUCCGACAACCAUAUGCGACUGUCCAGACGGGCCAAAUUGUGACCUCCAGCUCUAUGAAGAUUACUCUGAGGCCGACCGCGAGUCUUGCCGCAACGGGACCUUAGCGCCAGCCCCUCCUGCUAAGCCCACUAGCCAUCCGGCUGGAGCUGCGACCAGCUUGCGCCCGGAGACCAACGCCACUCCCAGCCCAUCCCACACUACCGGCCAACCCUACACUAUCCCUCGCACUAGCUCUGGGACCAACCUUACGACCCACUCAAGCUUUCCAAACUCCAUUGGAACAAUUGGUUCAUCAGUUAGUCCUCGGACCACCCACAGUAUCGUUAACACACCCUUCUUCUCAGGGACCCACAGCACCUUAGUUAUAUCGAGCGAUCCCGUAACUUUAAGUAGUGUACCGACUACGCCAAGUUUACUUAGCACCUCCAGCGUGAAUGAGCCCUCCAGGCCAUCCAGUACUUUCGAUACGCCCGUCAUUCCGGGGUCUUUGACUACACCGCCGAAUAUUUUUACUACUUUAUCGUAUCCCCCCUCUUCCAGUCUUGACAGUCCCCCCGCCGACACUGCUAGUUCAACCAGCCCCUCUAUUGUUAUCAUUCAGUCGACGAGUUCACUCGACGGCUCUACUAGUGGUGACACCUUUAGUUCUACAGGUGACAUUAAUACUUACACACCGAGCACUGCCAGAACUAAUAUCAUUCAGCAGUCGACUGACAGCGUCACUACUUCGAGUACCAACUUCGUCACAUCCGGUAGUUCUGACAGUUCCAUAAAAGUUAAUGAAUCAAGCAGUCCAGUUGGUGGGGAAACAAGUAACUUCGACUCAACGAAGCCUUACAGCACGCUUCCAGACACAGUGGCUUCUGAUGUGCCAGUAUCUCGCCCAAACACCUUCGCAACGAAAUCAUCGACCAGACCUCUUAUCGACAACCCUUUUAUGACAUCAUUAGCGUGGGUCAGCUCCACGUUGCCUGACAGUGCAUCAGACAUGGUCGAUGAGGGGACGACCGAGUCAUCGCUGACGUCACAAAAAAUAGAAGACGGCAAAACAAGCUUUGGGACUGCUGACGGUCUGUCGACACUACCACCAACUAGCACGCUGCUGUCGUCCUUUGGUAGUACCUCAAUCGUACUUCCUGACCUGACCACAAAGCUUACAACUCAAGAUGAUGGGUCUGCCACGGACUCGACUAUGCCCAUCGAUCCGACUACAGUUAUCCCAAUGCCUACAAGCGUCGAUACUGCGUUCACUUCGCUCACAACUGUCACCGUCAAUCCGCCCACCAUGUUUACCAACACGGACGUAACCACGGGCGUUACCACAGACGUAACCACGGGCCGUCCCACGGGCGCUACCACAGCCAUUACCCCGGGAGCUACCACGGACGCUACCACGAGUGCAACCACUGGCAUGGCCACGGGUGCCACCACGCAUGCUACCACAGGUACUUCCACGGGGGUUACCACGGGAGGUGGCACGGCCGCUACCUCAAACUUCCCGCCUGACAGGCCGACUAGUACAACUGCUCACUCAAUAACCACGUCAUCAGAAAUUACAUCGUCAACGAGAUGGCCAAGCAAGUCGACACUCGUGGUCACCACUUUGUCCACCUUGUCAACCACAAGGCGGAAACGCCCGACGGACGACGACAACACCGACUGGCCUCAGAUUUUGACGGAGGCAACCUGGUGGCCCGAUGAAGAGGAUUACGACUAGAUAUUUGUACUUUCGAUCUAAAAGUAUCAAUUUAAAAGUUCAACCUGCCUUAUGAUUGUAUUUAAACGAGGGGACAACCACAACGACUUUAGACGUUACACAGGAUGACAUGAUGAAUGGGUUGUAUUACUGGGAGAACAAAUGGUUGCAAAGAUUAUCUUGUGCAAUUGUUUUGUACUAUUUUACAAAAUCGUCACGGAAUCCACCGAUUACUUAUGAAUUACAGUCGGAUUUGUACUCAGAA